AUGCAUUGCUGUGAAGCGGAGGGAGCCGUCAAUGGUGAAAGGCUGCGGACCAAGGAAGCUGAGGCUCAGGGUCUGGAUCACCUGAUGGCCAUCUGGCAGCGGCGAAUUGUCGGUGGGCAUUCAGUGUUGCCUCAUUCCAUCAGAUACCAAGUGUCUCUGAAAAGACCAGGAGGGAUUCAUUACUGUGGAGGGUCUUUGAUCCACCGAAGAUGGGUUCUGACAGCUGCACACUGCAAAGUUGGAGGUGCUGAGUCUGUGCAGAUAAUUGCAGGGGAGCACUCAAUAACCAGAUAUGAAGGGACCGAACAAAUGUUUUGCCCAUCUAAGAUGAUUCCCCAUCCUCGAUAUGACCCAGAGAGCAAAGAUUCUGACAUCAUGUUGAUUAAGCUGUCACGACCUGCCAGGUUGAAUUAUUUUGUGGGCAUUGUACCUUUGCCUCGUCGAAGAUCGUCACUGGAAGCAGACACAUUAUGUCGAGUGUCAGGAUGGGGUUUCAUCAGUCCUAAUGGAAAGUUCAUGCCAAGGAAGUUGAGGGCAGUUAGACUGCCCAUCGUGUCCAAUUCACAGUGUAACCGCACUGAUUCAUACAAUGGGAACAUCACUGCCAACAUGAUCUGUGCUGGGUUCAAAACAGGAGGCAAAGAUUCCUGCCAGGGGGAUUCUGGUGGUCCUUUGGUUUGUAAAGGCAGAAUAUACGGGAUAGUAUCCUGGGGCAAGCUUUGUGGAGACGGGAUUUAUCCUGGGGUAUAUACAGCUGUGGCCAGGUUCCGUAACUGGAUCAUUAGAACCAUCAACCAGUCAUAA